AUGGCGUCCCAAGCACAACCCUCAUCACCUCUUAGGAGACCAACUCAAAUAUUUCAGACUCGACUACCCGCUGUGGACCAAGGUCGCCUUGCAGGCGUCCUGGAGAGACAAAGGAAACAGCAUUCUAGGUAUUUCGGCAUCGGGAGGCCUGCUAACGAAACAAUACUUUAUGGCCCUGUCAAUGCCAUUGUGAAUGCUGUAUUCCCGGAAAAUAGUUUAUACAGGCCUAUGCAACAGUAUACACUAGAAGAUGGGAAGCGGGAUCAACGCGAACUGCUGCGACCUGACAUUACCGUAGUAACUGAUGCAGGACUUUUCGAUCAAGACUCGGAUUCCCUCACCUGUUUGGUGAUAGAGGUGAAGAAUAAGCCACUUUCGGCUAAAGAUAGGAAGGAGGAUACAAAGAAAGCGGUAGAUCAACUCUAUCGGUACAUGAUCGAUGCCUAUCAGAAGAGAAAUUGCCCAAGUAUCCUAUACGGCAUUGCCAUCGUAGGCUUUCGAAUGUACCUGUACCAGAUGAUGGACAUUGGUGCACCGAUGGUUCAUGUCGACUUGGGAUUUGCCCCAAAUUUCCUAGACGACAUGCAUCGGAAGUCACUUACGUGGCCGCGCGCAACUCGCUCUCUCAACAGCAGUGUGGGUGUGGCCCAACAAGAUGCUGACAUGGAGAGACCCCAAGAUACGAUGGGUGGUCUCUUUGAAGACGUCGUGGCACUGAGAUUCCCUCCAAUGCCCGAACCCAAAGACCCCAAUGUAUUCGGUGCUGCAUCUUACCUACCAGGUCUUAGCCCUGCAAACACCGAUUCUACUGGGCCCCGUGAAAUUGAGAGCCCAAUACAACUUCGUUCAGCUGAUCGGGUUGGGGAAACUCUCUCAUACAUCCCGUUCUUCGAUUCCCCUGCCUCAAGCAACUUGAGCAGCGAUCAUCGAGUUGGCAGGACACCACAUCUCCCUGGCAGUGCCCAACAGAUGUCCACCCCCCAGCCAGGUCAAACAUGGCCUUUUCACGGGAUUCAAUCCAAGCCUGCCACUCACUCAGGUGGAAUGCCACUCACUCCGGGAGCACCCUCAGACCCACCGUUGCAACCUGUCGAAACACCAUUCUCUCCGAAUCUUCUCAUGCUUCCAUUGGAAUCCCCUGAAUCACCACUCCAUCGCUUCUCAACACAAAGGAAGCAGCUGCAAAUAACUAAUAUUAGCACAAUCAGCACCCUCGUGAGAGAACAGGAUCAGUCCUCUGGUACUGCAAGUCAAGGUGAACCUGAAGAGGGUCAAGCUCCUCGAGGUGGCACUAGUUGGAACCCAAGCUAUGCUGCUAAUGCACCUAGAACACCUGAACCGAUCAGCCGAUGCAGCAUAACGAACUGGUACACCAUUUCGGCUUCACAGGCACCUUCAACCAACAGUCAACCACGAAACUUUCCGGCUCCCAACAUUGCCUUGCACAGCUCGCAACACCUUCACACGUCCGAGCGAAAUGUCGACGAUAAUAACCCCGAUACGCCCACCCCCUCAAGUCGCGUCGUAAGUAGCAAGGGGGGUUUUACCAUCACACGAUUGCUGAACACGAUUGCUUGUAGGUCCAACAAGCGCAUGAGCUCAUUGAUCGGGGCCAAAGGUACUGAUCUCUUGCUACGUCCACGGGCAUUGUGUUCUUUCUUGUAUUGUUGUUUGGAGGACCCAGGCAGGGACCGUGUUUAG